AUGGGCGGGACGCACAAAUCCGGCCACGCGGCGACUGUCGCCGAGGCUGGUCGCAAAGCCGAACUCGCCCGGGAUUAUUACGAGGAUACGAAAGCGAAGGAGUUGAAAGAAUUGGAUAAAAAAGAGGUGAAAUUGUUGGACGAAUUGCGAAAGUCGUUAAAGACGACGGAUUCGAUUCCGAACCGGACGAGCAUGCUCGUGGAAAGAAUACGAAGAGGAAAAGAAGACGACGAAGAAGAAGAGAACGGAGGAAAAGAAGGAGUUUUGCGAACGAAAACGAAAGGACGCGACCGCGACGACGACGGAGAAAAGGAAGAAAAAGAAACGAUGAUUUUGAGAGAUGAGAAGACAAAGACAAAGACGUACGUCUCGAAAGCCGACAGAAAGCGGCUCAAGAAACGACGACGAGAAGAACAAAAAGAACAACACCAAAACCACACAACACACGCGAGGAAAAGGAUAGAACAUAUAGAAAGUAGACACUGUGAGUAG